AUGGAGCCCACCAUGGCCGAUCCCGGCGAGAAGUGCCUGGCCAAGCUUCUCUCCACCUUGACCACGACUCUGCACCCCUCCACCUACGUCUUCGCCACCCUCGGCCCCGACUCGCCUCUCCCUCCCUUGGCCGAGAUCCAGCUCCUGUUCCGCGAGACAGAGGGCGUCACUCUCGUGGUCAGUCUUGACUUUGCCCAGGCGCAGAAAAUGCAGUACUUCUUCCCCUGUAAGAUGAUUACCCUCAACGUCACCUCCAGCCUCGAGGCUGUCGGCUUCAUGGCCAUCAUCGCGACUCGGCUCGCCGCCUGCAACAUGGGCGUCAACCCUGUCAGCGGAUUCUACCACGACCACCUGUUUGUGCCCACCGGCAGGGAGGCAGAGGCUGUCGAAGUGCUGGCGGCUCUGGCCGAGGAGAAGAAGAGCGAGCAGCUUAACGACGCCUAG